AUGGAUCUACCAUCUUUUAUUAGAACGUAUCCCGAUAUCAAGGUUCAAAUGCACGCGGAUGACAUUACGGUUUACGCUUGUUCUAAUUCUUAUAACGAAAAUACGGUUAAAGCUGCCUUAAAAAAUUCGAUUAUGAAACUGACCGAGUGGGCUGCCGUGUGGGGGCUUUCUGUAAACCUCAACAAAUGUUCAGUUUUCCAUAUUGGUGAAGGUGCUGCAGGAGUUUAUGAGUUAAAUGGUACCGUUCUGAAAACUUGCCAUACCAUAAGGGAGCUCGGGGUAUUUAUCAAUGAUAACCUCAAGUUCACAGAUCAUUUUGAUAAAGUCACCAAGUAUGCUUAUGCAGUUUUGUACCUCAUCUUUCGGAACCUCAGUAGCAAAGAUACGAGAACAUUGCUUCGACUCUACAAAGCCCUUGUCCUACCAAAUCUGGGAGUACUGUUCCCCCGUAUGGAAUCCUAUCCUGAAAAAGGACAUAUCAAAGUUCGAGAGGGUAACUACCUCGAUAUCAACGAAUGUUUCGUCGAACUGCCGAAUUUCCAGCUGACUGUGGACUCGAUGGCAGUCGAAUCAGUGGAGUUCAAGGAUGAUUGCCUGAGAGCCUGUCUGCGUAGCUUCCUACGCGGAAAACCAUGCGCAGGAGCUGAACAUCGUCCGAAAGAUAAUGCAUGCGUGCUGUCCGAAAAAACUGGUGAACGACGAUUGAACAAUGAACCCAAGACAGGAAGCUAUUUUGAGAAUGUUUGUGCUCGACCACAAGGUUAG